AUGGCGAGCAAGACCUUCAACUUCGGCAUCAUCGGCUACGGCCUGUCGGCCAAGAUCUUCCACAUCCCGCACCUGACGUCGAUCCCGUCGUUCAAGCUGUACGGCAUCGUGCAGCGGACGCCCAAGCCCGGCGACGACUGCGGCGCGGACCACCCGACGGCCAAGUCGUGGCGCAGCGCCGACGAGCUGUUCGCCGACGCGGCCGUCGACGUCGUCGUCGUGACCACGCCGCCGGACUCGCACUUCGCCCUGACCAAGCGCGCGCUCGAGACCGGCAAGCAUGUCGUCGUCGAGAAGCCGUUCGUGCCGACCCAUGCCGAGGCCGCGGAGCUGGUGGCGCUGGCCCGCGAGAAGGGGCGCCAGAUCGCCGUGUAUCAGAACAGGCGAUGGGACGCCGACUUCGUGACGCUGCGCCAGCUGCUUGCCGAUGGCACGCUGGGCCGCAUCGUCGACUUCAACACGCACUUCGACCGCUACUCGCCCACGCUGCGCGCCGGCUGGAAGGCUGAGACGCGCCCGGGCAACGGCGCCAUCUACGACCUCGGCACGCAUCUGCUCGACCAGGUCGUCACGCUCUUCGGCCUACCCGCGCGCAUCACCGCCUUCCUCGGCAACACGCGCGGCGAUGCGCCCCUCAGCGCCGGUCACGCCGAGCCGGGCGACUCGUUCACCGUGCACCUUCACUAUGCAAACGGCAUGCUCGCCACGGCGCGCGCGGCGGUGCUGAGCGUCGAGGAAGAGCAGCUGCGCUACUGGGUCCGCGGCGACAAGGGCAGCUUCAAGAAGUUCCACCUGGAUGUGCAGGAGGAUCAGUUGUUGGCUGGUCUUCGGCCUGGCCAGGAGGGUUACGGUGUUGACCCGGAGAGUCACCAUGGUACUGUGACACUGAUCAAGGACGGCAAGCCGGUGCGCCAGACGCAUGCCACCCUGCCGCCCAAGACCUAUGUCGAGUACUACCGCAUCUUGGAGAAGGCAUACAAUGGCGAAGAUGAGGUGCCGGUCAAGGCAGAGGAGGCAGCGGCAGUCAUUCGGUUGGUCGAACUGGCGAAGGAGAGCUCCAAGCUGGGGAAGACUCUUGACGUCUAA